GGCGGGGAGGGACACGGGGAGAGAGACUGGGGGAGAGGGAGACGGAGCCGGGGAAGGGAGGGAAGGAGGGCAGGAAGGAGAGAGACGCUCAGGCGGACUCUGAAUCUGAGAGGAGAGGUUUAGGCUGAAGGAAAAAUAGAAGAAGAGACAGAUGGGAGAGAGAAGCAGAAGGUGAGGCUGGGCAGAGGUGCCCUAGCAGAAAAGUUGAGUGUGGGAAGGAACAGGAGAGAGGAGAGAGCGCGCGCACAGCGCUGGAGACAAGAGGGGAGAGGGCGAGGGCGAUCAGCGCUGGAUGGAGGAGGGCCGGCCGCGGAGCAGCCUCAGCCUGGCCAGCAGCGCCUCCACCGUCUCCUCGCUCAGCACCCUGACUGCCAAGAAGCCCACCCGGGCAGUAAACAAGGUCCACGCCUUUGGGAAGAGGAGCCAUGCGCUCAGAAGGGACCCCAACCUGCCUGUGCACAUCCGAGGCUGGCUUCACAAGCAGGACAGCUCUGGGCUCCGGCUCUGGAAGCGCCGCUGGUUCGUCCUCUCCGGCCACUGCCUCUUCUAUUACAAGGACAGCCGCGAGGAGAGCGUGCUGGGCAGCGUCCUGCUCCCCAGCUACAGUGUCCGGCCAGAUGGGCCCGGAGCCCCCCGGGGGCGGCGCUUCACCUUCACCGCGGAGCAUCCGGGCAUGAGGACCUACGUCCUGGCGGCGGACACGGUGGAGGACCUGCGCGGCUGGCUGCGCGCUUUGGGCCGGGCCUCCCGCGCUGAGGGCGACGAUUGUGGGCCGCCUAGGUCACCCCCUCGUCCCCAGCCUGGGGAGGGCCCUGGUGGCCCUGGGGGUCCCCCGGAGGUGAGCAAAGGGGCAGAGGGGCGCAUCUCAGAAUCACCGGAGGUGGCUCGGUUCUCCAGAGGUCGUGGACGACCCGGGCUACUGGCUCCCAGCCCCACCGCAGACCUCCUCUCUGGACCCAGGGGCCGCAGGACCAGGAGCCCGGACCUGUUCGCACCCCUCUCUCGCCCGCCUUCCCCGCUGAGCCUUCCCCGUCCCCGGUCUGCUCCUGCGCGGCGACCCCCGCCUUCCUCAGGAGACGCCGCGCUCCCUGCCCGACCUCACACCCCCUUGAGUCGCAUCGAUGUCCGGCCUCCUCUUGAUUGGGGCCCCCAGCGACAGACCUUUUCCCGGCCCCCCACACCCCGCAGAGCACCGUCUUCUGAAGCUGGCGGAGGACGGCGUCCUAGGAGCCCCCCAAACUGGAGUCAGGAACCCAGAGUACAGGCCCCCUCUGGUUCCUCCACUUAUCUCCAGCUCCCCCCAAGACGCCCCGGGACCCGGGCCUCCAUGGUUUUAUUGCCGGGUCCACCCCUGGACUCAACCUUCCCUCAAAGCUUGGAGACAGAUAGCCUGCUGACCAAGCUGUGCGGGCAGGACCGGCUCCUGAGGCGGCUGCAGGAGGACAUCGACCAGAAGCAGGAGGAGAAGGAGCAGCUGGAGGCCGCCUUGGAGCUGACCCGGCAGCAGCUCGGCCAAGCCACCAGGGAGGCUGCGGCUCCCGGCAGGGCCUGGGGUCGCCAGCGCCUCCUGCAGGACCGCCUGGUCAGUGUGCGGGCCUCCCUGUGUCACCUAACUCAGGAGCGAGAGCAGGUUUGGGACACAUACAGAGGCCUGGAGCAGGAGCUGGGCACCUUACGAGAGACCCUGGAGUACCUGCUGCACCUCGGGUCCCCCCAGGACAGGGCGGCGGCUCAGCAGCAGUUGUGGAUGGUGGAGGACACGCUGGCAGGGCUGGGGGGCCCCCAGAAGCCACGCCCCCACACUGAGCCUGAGCCCUCUUCUCCUGCACUCCCAGGCGAGGAGUCCUCUGAGAGGGAGUUGCUGAAAAGUGACAACGAUGAUGUGACCAUCGUCCUGGGUCCCCUCGCCCACCCCCUCCAGAGCCUGCCUGAGUCCCUGGAACUCAGCUCCCCUCGGUCCCCCGAGGCUGACUGGGGCCAGCCCCCUGGAGGUGACAGCGACCUUGGCAGCCCACGCUCAGGCCUGGCGUCUCCCAGGGUCUCCCGGGCUUCCAGCCCAGAGGGCCGCCGCCCCUCCUCCCCACCACUGGGGACCAAGGCCACGGCGGCCCGGCCUAGGAUGAGCGCCCAGGAGCAGCUGGAGCGCAUGCGCAGGAACCAGGACAGUGGACGGCCGCUCCUGCGCCCCGCCUCCCCCAGACUCCUAACCCUGGGGAGGACGCUGUCCCCAGCCGGACGCCAGCCCGACAUGGAGCAAAGGGCUGUCCUAGGAGCUGUAAAAUGGCUCAGAAGCUCAGGGUCCUGGAGCAGUCCCAGGAACACUAGCCGUUACUUGACCACAUCCGAUGGCCACAGGGAGCAGGUUCUCAGCCUGUCCCAAGCCCUGGCCACUGAGGCGUCGCAGUGGCGCAGACUGACGACAGCCUCUCCAGCCGGGAGUGUGGACUGUGGCGAAGGCCCUCUCCCUUCUGCCGCUCGGUCGGACCCCGCGCCCCAGGUUGCCUCGCCUCCGAGAUCCCCCGCGGCCGCCAGCUCCGGUUCCCCGGGAUUCUCCGGGCGCGGGAGCGGGCGAGGCGGAGGCCCUGCCCCCUGGGAGCCCGCGUGGGGCUCGGGGGCCGCCCCUCCCGCCGGGGGCCGCGACGAGGGGGCGUGGCCCCUGAGGGUCACCCUGCUGCAGUCCAGCUUCUGAGCGGCGCCCGCGAGGGGCCGACCGAUCGGUGCUUGGGGGCGAGGCCUGGAGGCCCCGCCCCGAUAUCUGUGGCCACUCCGGGCACCUGGGAGUGUGGUCCCGGCUCCACCUGUGGCCUGGGAGGUGCCUGGUUUGUAUCUGUUAAGUUUGGUUUUUCCCACUGUUCAAAUUUGGAUUAAAACUUUGAACCUUC